AUGGCGGAGGCGGCUGGCUUGGCCGUAGGAACCAUUGCUUUGGCAAGCUUGUUCCAGACCUGCCUCGACUUCCUCGAGUAUAUCGAAGACGCGCGCAAUACCAAGGGCGACCAAGAUCGCGGAGAGACAAAACUCGGACUGCUCAAGAUCAGGCUGAGGCAAUGGGGGGAUGACCUUCAAGUUUCGCACCCUGGUCACGAAGAUGGAGGGUUGCGAAAGCAUUGGCCAGAAGAAGGAGGGACAAUAAGCAAGAGUCUUAUUGGGAUUGCCGCGAUUUUGGAUGAGGCAGCCAACUUGAACCGCAAAUAUGAGUCAUAUAAUAUGAAGGAAUCCCCAUCGUCAUCACCGGACCUCGAACUUGAUAAAGGAUCUGGCGAAACACAGGUACUGCGCCGCAAAUACUGCAAGUAUUUGAUCAUCUUCAAACAACGAGCAUCUUGGGCCUUGAAAGACAAGAAGAAACUCCACAGCCUUUUGACAGAGCUUGAUUUCUUCAUCACCAACUUGGAAAAAGUUACCGUCAAACUAUUGCAGACGGGUAGUUUUGAAUAUUACCAAAGUCCGACAUAUGAAAGCGAUUCCGACAUGAGUCGCCAAAACAGCCAUCACACUUCUUAUCCACCCUCCAUGACCCGUGAUUACGGCUCCGACAUGAGCAGUCGCAGUAGCAAGUCCAGUGCGCACCACAACACCCCGUCGCAAUGGCCUUCUUCAGACCAGCAGCGUGGUAACUUUCAGGCUCUUGUCCAACAUGGCCAGGCAUCGGGGCAGUCACGUAUGACUAGUUCUCAAGCUCUGGUGCGUCUACCCGGAUCUACUUCUUCAGGCCACCGGAACAGUCAAGGUGCGCCCAGCCACAACCGCACCUACCAAAGUGGCACGGACAAGGACGGCAACACCUACAAUCAUUGCGUCGCCGAUAUCGAGGCCAAACAGUUUAAUGGGAAUGUAGAUUCGGAUUCGCGCUCGGGGAGACACACAUACAAUGAGAACGAGGCAAAAGGAAAGGCCAAGCAAGUGAAUGGAAAUUCAAGCUAUCAGUUCGCAAUGGAUUUUUUCAAAUGA